AUGCUACGCUACCAACGCUACUACGGCGACUCGCGUCGCUCGGAGAACCCCUUCGAGCCCAACGCUCGCGAGACGAUCAUGCGCUCCAUUCACAAGUCGCCUCACACGCCGCACCCCCAGAAGCACCAUGUACAGCAAGUCCCCGGUGCGCCGUCGCGUCUGCAUGCGCCCGACGAUCCGGAACUUGUUGGCCAAAUCAAGCUGCAAGAUCCGACCGUCUUCUUCGACACGCACGAGGAGAAGGUUCGCGUCUGGAACCUACUUUACCGUUCCCUCCGUCCGUGUACCUUGUUCAUCGUCGACGGUCGCCCGUCGGUCAACGCCGCGGCCAAGCGGGCGCGGUUGGACGAGCGCAAGCUCACCGUCGCGCCGCUUUCCGAGCUGCGGCCUCACGACGACCACAGAAUCUUCCUCGAGAAGCUUCGCGAAGGAGUCGUCGAGGUCGGCGAGGAGUUCAACCGCGAGCUGAGUCGCCUCUCCGUCGCCUCGACCUCGCAGCGCAAGGCGAAGGAAAGACUUCGAGGCUUUCCCAUGCACCCUGUCCCGUACCAACCACAAGCUUAUCGGUACCUCACGAACGAAGCCGAAGCCAGCGAGACCUACUUCGUCAACGUGCUCCAGCCCGUCAUGAGUGUCGCGACGCAGUUCGUCAGUCACUGGCAACCGACGAGGAAAGGUACUCGACUCGAACUGGUCCUCAGCUCGCAGUACGGCGUGGUCGAGGGAACGGGCAAGCCGAGCGCUCUCGACUUUAUUUUCUCGCUCGCCACCUGGCCUCCGACUGCCAAGCCUCACUACCGCUUCGACCUGUGCAUCGUCGAGCUCAAGCGACCGGGUUACGUCCGCGAGGAGGACUGGAAUGCAGACCACUUCGGCAAUGCCAGGAACGGCAAAAGCGUCGACUCGUGGGCCAAGCCUCUUCUCCCUCAGGCUCUCCUGUACGCGCGCAGGACGGGUUGCGAACGCUUCUUCUUUUCCGACUACAGCACCACCGUCGGCGUCCACGUCGACCACCCGAGUCUCGGCGACGAGAAGGAGCAUGCGCCUGGCAGCACUGCGCCGGUCCAUGUCGGCGCAAGGAUCGUUGAGCACCUCGACAACCCUCAACACCCUUACGAUGCAGGGCCAAGUGUCGCCAUCCUUUACGAGAUCUACGAAGGCUUGCGCGCGCUUGGAAUCUUCUCCGAGGACGACGGAGUAUUCGAAGGGGUCGGUCACUACCGCGACGAGCACGAUAAGAAGCAGCCGAUCCCCCUUCACCGCAACAUCGAGGAGUUCUUUGACGAGCACGGCGACCCCAGGAGCGUUGGCCCGAGCGACUCGCCCGUCAAGAGGCGUCCGUAG